CCUUGCAGGCUCUUUUUGGUGUCCCAAACAAGACGCAGCUUUAAACUGCGACAGCAAUAGACAAAAUCCCCAAAAAGCCUCAAAAGAAAAUAGAAAUCCCACUCAACUGCACUGCACUACGCCUUACAAAAACCUGCCCCACAUCCUACCCAACAACCCAAGUACAUCUCGAGCUUCCAUCACCAGAGAUCUGUCCGGAAUACUUCCGUUGGAUCCACGAUGAUCUUAGGCCAUGGGCCUACACAGGAAUUACUAGAGCCAUGGUGGACAGGGCCCAAAAAACUGCAAAUUUCAAAUUGAUUAUAGUGAAUGGAAGGGCGUACAUGGAGAGAUACAACAGGGCAUUUCAAACAAGGGAUGUUUUCACGCUGUGGGGGAUCUUACAGUUGUUAAGGAAGUAUCCCGGAAAGGUGCCUGACUUGGAACUCAUGUUUGAUUGUGUAGACUGGCCUGUCAUCAAGUCAAGUGAUUAUGCUGGCCCCAAUGCAUCGGCACCACCUCCUUUGUUUCGAUAUUGUGCGGAUGAUGAGACACUGGAUAUUGUUUUUCCUGACUGGUCUUUUUGGGGAUGGCCAGAGAUUAAUACAAAACCAUGGGAGUCAUUGUUAAAUGACUUAGCUGAAGGCAAUAAUAGGACUGGAUGGAUGGAAAGAGAACCCUAUGCUUAUUGGAAAGGAAAUCCUGCUGUUACCAAAACAAGACAGGACCUACUCAGAUGUAAUGUCUCAGACAAACAAGAUUGGGGCGCACGUGUUUAUGCCCAGUAACAAUAAUCCCGAAGCAUUUCAAUAAUUCAAUUUGUUAAUAUUAGUAAUUGCUUCUAAUUCUUGGAAAUAACAUUACGUUUAGGAUUGGAUUAGGGAAUCAAAGCAAGGGUACAAGCAAUCAGACAUGGCAAGCCUAUGUACCCAAAGGUUAAACAUAAUUGACCUUGUCAUUUCUAUUUGCAUUUGUUAAUGUUUGUUAUCAUUGGUCUGUCUUUAGAUUUUGGAAUGCAAAAUUGAUGCAGGUUCAAGAUCCACAUUGAAGGCUCUGCAUGGUCUGUUAGUGAAAAAUACAUUCUUGCCUGUGAUUCAGUGACCUUACUCAUAAAACCCCGGUACUACGAUUUUUUCACUAGAGGUUUGAUGCCAGCGCACCAUUAUUGGCCUGUCAAGGAUGUUGAUAAGUGCAGAUCGAUCAAGCAUGCAGUUGAUUGGGGCAACAACAAUACCCAAGACAUAAUCAAUAUUUGCAAGUUCAAUACUGAAUUUAAUUUGCAUAAACCUAUCCUGUGUUACAUGAACUUUUCGUUUUAUCUCAACAAUUUAAUUUGUUAAACACUUCAAAUUCUCUAUUUAUUUUAUGGAUCUAAGAAAAGAAAGUAUAAAACAGCACAUGUGUCAGAACAUGGACAUAUUCAGCAAAAUAAGCGUAUAUAUCUUAUCAUGUAUCUUACUAAAAUUUGCUUGAUCAGGCCCAUGCCAUUGGGAAGGCAGCCAGCGAAUUUAUUCACCGAGAGUUGAAGAUGGACUAUGUAUAUGACUACAUGUUCCAUCUCUUGAAUGAGUAUGCCAAGCUCUUGAGAUUCUAGCCUGAGGUGCCUAAGAAUGCAGUUGAACUUUGCUCGGAGAGCAUGGCUUGUCCGGCCAAGGGAUUAGUGAAGAAAUUUAUGAUGGAAUC